UUCCUAAUUGUUGUGAAUUUGAAGGAAGAAAAGCUUCAGUUCAUAGAUAAUAUGAGUUAUGAUACAAAGUACAUGAGUGAGGUUGAGAAGUUCUCUGAUGUUCUGAGUGAUAUGCUGAGUACUUUUCUUGAUCAACGCCUUCCUCAAAGUAAUGACUCAGUGAAGAACAUGAUUGAGUAUACUUUGGAGUCACCUUCUGUAAAUUGGAAGUCUGGAAAACAGAAGAAUAAUGAUAGUGGCAUUUAUACUAUGGUCAGCAUGCUUUACUUUGAUGGAGCUGAUGUGUUCGACUGCAAUGUUUUGAAAACGGUUUCAACUAGACGGACAUUGAGAGCUCAGAUUGCUGCUACUCUGGUAUUAUCUGAUAUGAACAUUGUCAGAGAUGAAGUUCUUGAAAAGCUAUCUGAAUUCAGAUUAAUAAGGAGUCAAGUUGCAAAAGAUGUUUUUGAUGGGAUUAAGAAGAAAACAAAGCAAGGUAAAAAGGAAAAGAAAGUAUAGGCAGACUAACGAAUAUGUGGAUGAAGUUUUUUGCUCGGAAGUAUUUGUAUUUUGCACAGAAGUAGGAAAUCUAAUGUAAUGAUGUAGUUUGCAUCAACAAAUGGAUAAUCUGACAAAAUUGUAUAAGUGUUAAUAUAGAACAAUAUGAUAUGAUUCCAGUUCAUACAAAGCUUUUGAAUUGGUGGUAUUGGUAGUUCUUUUGAUAUGUAAUCUUUAAUUGACAUUCAAGAAAGUUUAGUGAAAUAUAUAUUAGUUAU